ACAAACUCAAAACACGUGUAUCGGGCCUAUCGGCCUGUGGUUAGUCUUUUGCCUGUGCUUAUUAGUGAAUUAUAUAUUUAAUGUGUAUUAGUCUGUGAUUGAGAGUAACACACCAGCAUGGAUGAAUUACCAAGUUCUUGCAGCUAUCUUGCUCUGGGAGCAGCACGAAUCAGAGAGAUUAAGACCAUUAUAAACAAGUUAGACAACUGUGAGCAUGGGGGCAGAGUAUUUCAAAAUUUGCCACGCCACAUGCAGAGACGAACAGUUUCAGCAAAUCCAAAACGUUUGCCUCAUUACCUCCGAGAUCGGCAUAUGAGAGAGGGAGGUGCAAAUGUCAAGACUACCAAGCGCCCAAAAAAGAAGUAUCGCCAUCGCCCCAACAAUCUUUUGGCAGCGUAUCAUCGACGCCAAUCAGAAUUCCUUUGGUUAGAAACACACGUUUGGCAUGCCAAGCGAUUCCAUAUGACAAGAAAAUGGGGUUAUGCACUUUCAGUAACACCUACCAUGAAAGGCUACCGAUCCACACUGAGAGCUGCAACAAAAACAUGCACAGUCCAGGAUGUCUCCUAUUUGUGUUGCAUCGAAUUAGAAGGAACAAAAGCGUCUCUGCUAGCUGGUCUGGCACCCAUAACACAGUCCCUAGAUUUGGCAAAACUAAAAAGCCCAGAAGUUCUGCAGGGCAAGAGAUGGAUGUCUCUAGUUCUCUUCAAGAAAGACAAGAAGCCAUAUGGAGCUCUUGGUAGCGUUGACAUCCUCUGGCAUCCCAAGCCAGGACACGACCAGGAUAAUAAAGAAAGUGAGAAUUCAAAGCUCUGGCUCUGGGUCCAUCCAUCAGCUCACAGUCAGGUAGUAAAUCUGCUGAUAGAAGCAUAUAAUUUCAAAAAGAAAUUAGGUGAAGCAGAUAGUGUAAUUCAGAUGAAAGAUCAGGAAACAAAAUUAUUAGAAGUGUCAAAGGAAGGUGAUAGCCCCAUGGAAAUUGAGGAAGUUAAUGAAGUACCAAAAUCCGAAAGUAAAGAUACAGAAGUACCAGCAGGAUUUUCAAACAACGAUGAUACAUCUUUUAACAAAAUAGAGGGUGAAAAAAAUAAAGUCAAAGAAAAUUUGCACUCCACCAAGAAAAAUGUAAAUCAAUCAAAAGUUGCUAAAAAGAAUAUCCCCUUUGAAAGGACACCAAAGUAUAAUUCUCCUGAUUCCAGUGUGAAGAUGACACUGCUCAAAGACACCAUAAACAGAUUCCGUAUAACAGGACCCCAGUCUUACAAUGUGAUAAAAACAGCUCUUUACCCUGCUGAUGUAACACUGAGAGAGAAGGAUGAGGCCAAUGAUCAGCCAUGGUGGCAUCAGUAUUAUAGUGACGAAGACCAACAGAAGAUCUACAAGCAUCAAUUAGAAACUUGGAAAUCAUUUUCCUCCUGCCCUCCACCUCCCAACACAGUUCUUCCCAUGACCAUACGUGACCCCAGGAUCACAUUACCUCAUAAAAAGUUACCUCUCAAGACCUCUGAUCCUGAUACAAAUGUUCAAGUAGAGACAUCAGACUGGCCAGUAGAGAGCCCUUUCUUUGACAUUAGACUUAGAGAUGAAGUGACGCUGACCAAAGAAGAAGACAGCAUUAUCAACAAAAAACGUUCAAAGAUGCUGGUCCCAGGAGAGAGAGCCACUGAACACCCAGAAGAAGCCAAGCUGCCAAUUUUGUUGAUGUCAAGGCCACCAACCCACUCAGCUGGCCAUGGUGCUGGAUGGGACAUAUUGAUACCAUCAGGAUGGGCAAUGAAUGUUUGGAUGUCACUUAUCUUUUGUGGUGGUGUUGCUAUUGGCCUCAAGGAGUCAUUAACCCUAGUCAUGGAGGCUCUCACCCCCUUACCCCCAUUCCUAAUGCCGGACACUCCAUCAGGAGAAAUAUAUUCCACUGAGGAAGGGCAGGAGAGAGAAGAAGAAUAUUUCAAAAGACCUCCUGGUGCAAGACACAACUUCAUUAAGUUAGGUGUGCAAAAUCCUUUUUCUGCACCUUGGAGGAGACUAAUCAGUAACUGGAAGGAUGGAACAGGGGAUUUCUUUGUCCUUAGAGAUAUAGGUUUACUGAAUAAAAUAGCUGGAAUUUGUGGAGAUGCUUCCAAUAGAAUCAAGGCCAGAAACAUGGGGAAGAAGAGAAAAGUAAUUGCCGAAUCGCAGACUGUUCCCUAUAAAUCAGCUAAGAUAGACCCCUACCUUGAGACCAUCACAGAAUGUAAAGUGACCGAAGAGGAACCUGGUUUAGACACAUUCUCUGCAACUGCAGUAGAAGACGUGGUAGAAAGUCUGCGGAAAAUAGAUACACAGUGUUUGGUGAUGGUACGGUUACAGUUGGAGGGCAAAGGUGCCUUAGAACCUUGUGCUAUGAUAUGCCUACCACAACUAGAAGACCUUAAAGGCAGACUGAAGCCAGAAAAACCCUUGGACCAAAGUAGCAACCUCCAAGAGCCACAUCAUGAAGAUACAAGAGCUGACCAACGUGUGCAACUGAAAGAAGAACAUAAGAAGAUUGGGUCAAAAUUGCAACGACUCAGAAAGAAAGCCAGGGCAAAAGUAUCAGAAGAGCAUGACAUGACUGAUAUAACUGAUACUCCACUUGAUAAGAAAAUCGGCGAGGCACUUAAGAAAGCCGAAGAGGAAAAUCAGGAAAUCAUAGCCAAGUAUAGAGCCUACCAAAAAACAAUGGAGGAUUUAUGGCUGAUGCCACGAGACGACCCUCUGCAGUGCUGUUCACGGAAAAUCAUGGGCUACAUCACCCAAGGGACGUUCUGCAUCACCCUUGGAGUCAGUGGCGGUGUUGGCUGGGUUGCACUGGAGCCUCUGAUGCAGCUGCUGCUCUUGUAUGAGAAAUUCUAUGCAGAGACAAGCGACAUGAAUGAAUUGCAAGACUCGUGUAAAAGAGGGAAGCCUAGGUCAUCCCAUUCUGUUUUGAUUAGGUGUCCAAGUACUCUUCAUUAUCAAUGGGCAGGGCUGACUAUUGUUGUACAGCCGGAGUAAUGUGUAUAUGUCUUUCACUUUCAAAUUGGAAUAUCCUUCAACUAGAUAGAUGUAGAAUCCAUAUAAUUAUAUUGAUAUUAUAUUAUGUUUAUGUUCAUGCCUAUGAAUUUGGGAAAACUUUUUUUAGCAUUUUCUUGAAAUAUAAGCACCAUUAUAUAAGACUUAUUCCAUUGUGGAAUGUAGUAGCAUUUUUCUUUAAUUUUGUUAGUUAACAAAAGGGAAACAAAUAUAUCUUAUAUUUUGUAAUGUUGGAAAAAUAUUCAUAUUUUGUUGGCUGAUAAAGAAAAUAGCCUAUUUCAUUGUUUCAUUUUCCUUUUUCCCCUUCAAGAUUCAAUUCUUUGAAAAUCAACCUAUAAAAAAAAUCAAUAAUUAAUGGUUUUACCAGUCUCAGGAACAAAUUCUAAUAAUUAAAAAAAUGGCCCACUAUUUUCAAACUCUAUGAUUAUGCACUGAGUAAUGCUUAAGUUUAAUUGUAGAUGAAAUAUGUCAAAAACAGUUGCACUUGAGUUAAUGGCAUUAUACUGUCCUAGUUUUUUUUUAUCUAAAGCUGUUAUAUUAAUCUAACACCUGGUAAUUCAGUGUUA